CUACAAGAUAGCAACACAGGCGAGGAUCCCAAGACCCGAGCCGUGUAGGCUGCUGCAGUCUCUUCCUCCCCGGCAAGCCGCGGCGGUCGUUGCCCCGGCCCCUCAUAUAAUAUAGUCGCCGCCUCCUUGUCACCGCCGAUUCGAUUAGGUUGAUACAGGGAGGAGUCGCGAGGGGACGUAGAUGCCGACGCUGACAAAGCUGUACAGCAUGAAGGAGGCUGCCCUCCACAACACGCCCGACGACUGCUGGGUCGUCGUCGACGGCAAGAUUUAUGAUGUGACCAAGUAUUUGGAGGACCAUCCUGGGGGCGCCGAUGUUCUGCUCGAAGCAACCGGUAAGGAUGCUACAGAAGAAUUUGACGAUGCAGGGCACAGCAAGAGUGCCAAGGAGCUAAUGCAGGACUACUUCGUUGGGGAGUUGGACUCGGACCCAACUCCUGAGAUUCCUGAGAUGGAGGUUUUCAGAAAGGAACAGGACACGGGAUUUGCCAGGAAGCUUAUGGACGACGUGGUGCAAUAUUGGUCGAUCCCAGCCGCUGUAAUUGGGAUAUCAGCUGUUGUUGCCAUAUUGUAUGCGCGAAGGAAGUGAAAGCCGAUGUGCAUGUGCCGAGCUUGGGCAGAUGACCCCUUUUAGAGGGAUCAGCCCAUGGUGCAUGGAUAUAUCAUAUAUCAUAUCUCCUGUCCAGAACCAAAUUACAUUAUGAUGUUCGAUUCUUAAACACUUAAUGGCAAACAUUUGCCGGAUUGAUGGCAUUAUUUUGUCGACACGACAAUCAAUUGAUGGAUUUAUUACUCUUGGAACCAA